AUGGCAGGCGAUUCUUUCUCCCGCAUAGAGAUAUCCAGCAUCGAGGGCAGAGCCCAGUCGACGCGACUUCGCCAGAAACUGUUCCAUUCUCUCCACACGGCAUUGAGAUCAUCGGAGAAACUCAUCAAAGAUGCGAUCCUGGUGGACAGUGGUCUUAGCGAUUCCGAGGUCAAUCUCGAGUACGCGCUCGCCAUCUCAGAAUUGCGCACGCACUAUACUUCCAUCGAUCUGGAAAAAGACCUCAAAGCUCAAAGGGCAGCAGAGAACCUCGGGGCAACGACGAGUGUCGGCACCGUUUAUGUGAUUCCUGCGAAGCAAAACCUGUUCUAUUCUGUCAUCUCAGCUCUCACUGCGGCUCUGGCGGCUGGUAACUGUGUAGUCGUCGAGCUACCUCCUACGCUCACAAAAGUCUCUGGUGUGCUACGCAAAAUCUUACCCUCCGCACUCGAUGCGGACAUUUUCGCCGUCAGCAGCACAAGACCAUCAGAGGACUUCCUGGCCAAAUGUCACGUUUUGGCACAGUCUGGAGACGAGGAAGUGUCGGCAACAGGCGGUCUGCAGUCGAACUCGUCCCCCAAGGUUGUGGCGGUCGUGGAUAGGACUGCAAAGAUUCCAGAAGCGGCCAUGGCAAUCGGUGCAUCCAGAGUGUCCUUCAAUGGCCGCUCCGUCUAUGCUCCCGACGUUAUUCUCGUGAAUGAGUUUGUCGCCGACGACUUUCUGUAUCACCUUGUCCAGGCAGUAACAUCGCCCUUGCUGAGUGAGACUCCUCCAAGAUCACCACAUCUGGCAAAGGGACAGCCCGAUGGUUACGCGAGAACGUUGAAGGAAUGCGAGGGCAAUGAAAGCGUAAGGGUGGUUGUGUCAAGCUCGAACGGCAGCAUCGUUGAGGUCAAGGAUCGGUCAAAAGCCCCCCUUGGACGCAGGAUAGACGGCCGACUGAUCAUUGUCACCCGGAUCACGAGCUUGGAUGAUGCUAUCGACCUUUGUAACAGCUUCGGAACCGCCCUGGAAGCGAAUUUCGUCUUUGCAGCGCCCAUUGAAGCAAACUACACAGCGAGAUUCAUCGAUGCACGACUUUCGUGUAUAAAUCACAUCCCUGCUGAGCUGCUAGUCGGCCCUUUCGCGCCCAAGCAUCCGACAAUCGCACCAAGCCCGAGCCCGCGGUACACCCCGACAUUGUUUCGCUCUCCUCGACCACGACUAGCUCAUCCAUCAGAAUUGACGAUUAUCAGCCAGGAUGCCAUACGCUCUCGAUCGACCAAGGAGCUGGAGUCCUGGAGUCGAGCGGUGCUGCAGCGGGCGCUGCCAGCCAUCAACCAGGGCGAAGGCAGGGCCGUUGGCUUCUUCGAUCAAGCGUUUAUGACGAUCGGUAUCGUCAUCGUCUCGGUGGUGGCAGGGAGCGCCUUUGCCGUUUUUAGAAUGAUCAGACAGCGGUAG